AUUACAAUUCAUACUUCGUGUCUCCACCUCACAACAGAAGAUUGAAUAUGGCCACAGCAGCCGACGCAACUCCGCCGAGCUACGACCGCAUGAAGGCGGUGAAGGAGUUCGACGAGUCGAAAAUGGGCGUGAAAGGCCUCUCGGACUCCGGCAUCACCUCCAUACCCGAAUUCUUCAUCCACCCUCCCCACACUCUCUCCGACCUCAAACUCACCUCCAAGACCGCCAGGUCGCUACCUGUCAUCGACCUCGCCGACCUGGAAUCCGCCGACCGCCGCCGCACGAUCGUCGACCAAGUCAAAGAAGCCGCCAAAACUUGGGGCUUCUUUCAAGUGGUCAACCACGGCGUGCCGGUCUCCGUCCUCGACGAAACGAUCCGUGCCGUGAGGGCCUUCCAUGACCAGCCGCGCGACGUCAAGGCCAAGUACUACAAGCGUGAGGAAGGGCGGGGCGUGAUGUACGCGAGCAACAACGACCUGUACCGGGCGGAGGCGGCUAGCUGGCACGACUCGCUGCAAGCGUGGAUGGGGCCGGAGCCGCUGCCGCCAGAGGAGCUUCCAGAGGCGUGCCGCUGGGAGGUGGCGGCGUGGGACGGCCACGCGAGGGGGGUGGCGGAGAAGGUGAUGGAGUUGCUGAGCGAAGGGCUGGGGCUGGAGAGAGGGAGGUUCAAGGAGCUGACCUUUUCGGAGUCUAGGGCUUUCGUGGGGCACUGUUAUCCGUACUGCCCCGAGCCGGACCGGACGGUCGGGAUCACGGCGCACACCGAUCCCGGGAUCGUGACGGUGCUGCUGCAGAACGGGAUCAAGGGAUUGCAGGUGAAGCACGACGGCGAGUGGGUGGAGGUGAGCCCCGUGCAUGGAGGGUUGAUCAUCAACGUCGGUGAUUUUCUCCAGAUAGUGUCGAACGGCGACUACAAAAGCGUGCAGCAUCGCGUGGUGGCCAACUCGGAGAAGGAACCCAGGAUCUCCAUAGUCAUGUUCUUCAACCUUAGCAAGUGGAAAGGUUCCGGCCACUACGGCCCUUUGCCCGAGCUGCUGUCGCCGGAGAGGCCAGCCAUUUACCGCGACUUCACCGCGCAAGAGUUCUUCGACAACUUCUACAGCAAGGGAUUGGAUAGCAAGUCCUUUAUUGAGAAGAUUGAGAUUCAAAAUUGAGUCGGAUUUCAGCACGACCGACAUCAUGGAUUUUCACCAUUUUCAUUUUUUAUGUACGGGUGCGUCAUAUUGACAACUGCGGGAGUUUUUUUAAUGGUAUCUUAUCUAGAAUAUCGCAUUUUCCUA